ACGACUGUACCGUACUGGUACCACACUGAAGUCUUGCGGAAGGUUGUCUUUGCCGUAACCUAUAUUGGGAUGUCUUGACGAGUUGUGCAACAGAUUAGUUCAUAAAAUCAACUUUCAAAAACUCUCAACACAACAGCAGCAGCUGAAAUCAAAGGCAAGAGAGAAACAACUAGAAAGAAUGGGAGGACACCACAAGAAAGAUGCUGACGCUCAGCCCAGCAACAAGAACAAGAACCACCACGCAAAGGAAAAUCACGCCCCAGCAAAGAAAGGCCAUGGUGGAAGGAACCACGAGGAGCAACCUGCAAAACUGAGCAACAACAAAAAGGGCCACGGUGGACGGACCCACGAGGUGCAAGCAAAGGCCAACCCCAACCUGACCAAGAGAGACCUCAAGAUGUUGGAGAAGCUCCAUGCCAAGAUUGAGUAUCUCGAGAUUCGAGAUGAAUACGAUGAGGCGGACAAGUUGAGAGAGCAAAUGACUGCGAUUGAAGACAAUGCCAAUGCCAAGGCAAUGAAGAAGGCCGAAAGGAGGGCCGCUGCUGCCUCUGGUUAGACUCUACAAGAAGCAACAGAAUCAUGCACUAGACGGGCAUGAGUGAUGACAAGCAAGGACGCAAGAAGGCAUGUGUUGACAACUAUAGAUGGUCUCAGAAGGAAACAUAGAAAAGACAGAAAGAAGGUUGAUAAAAGUUGAAGAUAAAACAAUAGAGAACACCAUUUGUACUGU